AUGCCGGACGCUACGUUCGGCAAGGCAAGCAAGGCCACCAAUGGCAGCGACGGCAAGAAUCAUACGCUCGACCAUCUCUUCAGAUGGCUCAAGCAAUCAUGGCCACGCAUCCAGCUUCUAGCACCUCCGCUCGUCGGAGCUCUGCUGCUCAGCCCAUUCGUGCUUGAGCAUCGAUUGCGGACAUGGAUAUCGCGCGAUCCCUUCUUCGCAUACAUCCACUUCUUCCUCUUCUUCUUUCCAUCCCCACUCGCCGCAGGAGCUUUCCUGGAAUACUCGCUCAUCACGCUCUUCUUCGUGGCUGUAGGCCUCGGUCUCGGCUUUCUGGCGGUUUGCGGCUGCAUCUGGAUCGAUGGCGCCGACGCACCCGCCUACAGCUCGCAGAAAGCAAGAGCCGUUGGUGUAUGCGUGCUCAUGCUCUUUUGCUUCACCUCUGGCUCACUAGCAAGCUAUGCACCUGCUCUCAAAGGUCCAUGCCGAGCACUCGUCUUCAGCACCGUCUGGCAGCUCACCAACCAGUACGACCUCAUCAGCGCACGCAUCUUGCUCGACAACUUCUAUCCCGCGCUCGUCGCCAUGAUUGUUGGCAUCUUUUGCAACUUGUCCAUCUUUCCACGAACAGCACGACGUACUUCGAUCGGUCAGCUUUGCGACUUGCUUGAUGGCACACAACAGCUCAUGGUAAAAGCAGUCGAGGACCUCUUUGCUGAUCGCACAUCGCUCAACGGCCAAGAUGGACACGAUCAGAAGCCUAGUACGACUAUUCCCACCCAGAACUCAAGCUUCAACAAGCUCAAAGAUCAGCUCGAGUCAUUACAGAAUCGUCUCGAAUCCAACUUGGAUGCUGCAAAGUACGAGUUGUCCUUCACCAGAGUGCCCCUCGGCAACCUGCCAGUGUUGAUGCCAGUCCUUCGUGAUAUCCGAGCCUGGCUCUCUUGUACCUUAUCAUGCUUGACCCAUACCGAGACAAGGAUGGCCGACGAGACCUUCGAACCAUCACAUCUUCCCUCGAUCACAAACGUCGAUUCCCACACUCGCCCUGGACUCGAUUUCGAGCAUUCCAUCCGAACCUUGAGCGAAGAGAUCACACGAUCACUCGUCUGUCUGCGCCAAAGCGUGACAAAGUGCACAGGAGUAGAUGCGCCCCCAAAGCAACCACAGCCUAUCGAUAAGCAGCUUGAAGCAAUGCAGAACAGUGACGAUCCUCUUUCGCUAUUAUCUUUGCACAAGCAGAGACUGCGCGAUUCAAUCCGAACCUUCAAAACAGCGCUCAACGAUGCCAUCCGAGGCUCUCGUUCCGAAGUCAUCGCCAAGUCCACCAAUGCAAGCACGGCACCAGCUGAUCACCUUUCUUCCUCGGCUUUGGGCGUCGACGUUCCCUCUUCAGAGCCAGCAAGCUCAAGUCCCCGUCCACUUGCAGCUGUCCAAACUAUAGCUUUGUCUCAGCUUUUCCGCAACGAAUCAUACCAAAUCUCGUUCCUCAUGAUCUCGCUUCUCGAGGUUGCCCUGCUUGUCGACUCGUGCCUCAAUGGCGCUUUGAACAUGGCCAAGACGUGGAAAGAUAAUCCGCACAGAUCGCUUCACAUGCCAGCAGCAAAGUGGUCUUACUGGCUCAGCCGCACAGGCAUCGCUUUCAGUGAACAAACCUCGCUUACAGACCAACCCAUCGAUGCUUUGCUGCACGAAGGCGAACCACCCACGCCAAUAUCCGAACUGCAUAGAGAAGAGGUCGACUACUUUGAUCACCGGUCUGAGCAAGCCCUUGGUAGCUCAAUGGACACACAGUCGCUCCAGAGGACACCGUCAAGAGCGAGCAACAGCAUCAAGUCGGCACAGUCUUGGCUCACAGCCAGGUUGCGAGCUUUACACAACGCGUUUCGAACACACCGUGCUCUGCGUUUCCGCUUUGCUCUCUCAGAUGCUAUACGUACACUUCGACACAGUCGGCACAUCCAGUUCGGCACCAAGCUAUCGGCCGGUAUCGUGCUUUUGACCUUGCCUGCCUGGUUGGCACCUGGAGAGAGCAAACGAUGGUGGCUUGAGAAACGUGGUCAAUGGAUGACCAUCUCCUAUCUCUUUUGUCUCGAAACUUUCACUGGCGCCAGUAUCCGCACAUCGCUCUUUCGUAUCCUCGGUACUAUUUCAGGAAGCUUGCUCGGUCUCGUCAUCAGCAAAGUCAGUCGAGACAAUUCCUACGCGCUAGCUUUCUUGCUCACCGUAGCGACAUUGCCCCCUUCGUACCUCGUGCUCUUCACUCGCUUUCAAGGUGUCGGCACCGUCAUGGGUCUUACGCUUCCUAUUGUGUCUCUCAUCCCGACGCAAGAUGAAGGACAGAGUACAGAGUAUGUUGCCUGGAACCGUGGCUACAUGAUCUUCUUUGGUAUCAUUGCCGCUCUGAUAGUUAACCUCUUCUUCUGGCCGACACAUGCUCGUCUCGAGCUUGUGAAGAGGGUCUCUUCCAUCACUUCGCAAUUGCAGUCUCUCUACCUCAGUCUGUCGCGUCAGAUGCUCUCUGGUGGUCUCACUUCGUCGCACAAGUCUAAUGCUGCAUUCGAGAAGCUUGAGGCGAGUAUCGGCAAACGUAUCGGUCAAGCACGUGGUCUCGUCGACAUCAUGACGAUUGAAAUCAGUCUCAAGCCGAAGCGCACAAAGCUACUGUCCCAGCUUCUCGAUCAUCUCGAGACCAUUCUCGAGCUGCUUAUGGGCUUGAGAAGAUGUCGAGAGCAUGGCCUGCGGUCUGUCCGGCAGCAUGCCGUUGUCAACGUGCUCGAGCUGAGGCAGAGCCUGAUCGCAUCGGUGCUGUUGGUCCUGUGGACCACAGGCCAAGCACUGCAGACCAAGGCACCAUUGCCACAAUGUUUGCCCAGCCCUCGUCUGGCACUUGCAGAGCUCACCGAAGCAGUUGCAGAGCAGCUUCAAAUGAUGGUCCAAGGCAUCGAAGCCUCACCCCACUUACAGACUCCACAUGGUCACCACGGUCAUAACGUGCCAGACGCCUUUCAUGCUCUUGACAGUCUUAACCAGAGCAACAUCUUUACCAAUGUUCGACGUCGUACUCGCAAACGACACGGGUUGCACUCCAUCCAGACAAGCAGUCCUAUCGGACUUGCGUCACGGGGCGGAGCAAGUACACCUGCAAGAGAAUCAUUACGCGGUAAAGCAGCAGCAUUGCCUGCCUUGUCUGGACUCAAUACUCCGGCUACCCAAGCUACCACGGGAGGCAAGAAGUCGCUGGACUACGCCAUGUUUUUCAUCCUUGCAGAGCAUGCAUUGCUCGAGGAGAUUGUGACUUCCUUGGAGCAUCUGCUCGAGCUGUGCAGGAGUAUGGUGGGUGAAGCAAGCUUCUUACGGACAGAGUUUGUGCCGAAUUUGGCGAAUGCAUUGGAAGAGUUGAGGACGCCUGGUGAAGCUACUCCAGCGGUCCACACGGCGUAUGCCAGCGAGGUUGAAGCGCAUGCUGCUACACAGGUUGAUAAACUUGCUCCAAUCAUCCCAGUCGAAUCGCCACUCGACACAGCAUUCGCAUCAAAAAACACUCGCGCAAUUUCAGCUAUGCCCCGCACUCACCACUCUCAUCUCGGCCCCUCGCCAUUAGCUCACGAAUCACACGACCCACCCAGCGACUAG